AGGCGGCGGCCGCGCAUGCCCGCGGCGGGCCGUGCCCCCCGCCCGGGCUCAGGGGCUCCGCGCAGCCGUCGCGGUGCGAAGGAGCCGCCGCCACCUGCUGCUGCCGCUGCCGCUGCUCCGCGGCUCCGCCCCGGGCCCGGCUGCGGCUCUGCCCGCGGCACGGCCCUGUCCGUGGUGCUGCCGCCGCCGCCCGCAUCCUGUUGCGCCGGGGCCACGGCUGGGAGCGGAGGAGCCGCGGCUUCCGAGGGAGCCUCUGCCCUGAUGGGAACAAUGGCUGCGCUGCCCAGGCUGCUCCGUGCCUCCUCGGUCGUGUUGGUGGUCUGGGCCGGUUUUUGUUCUGCAGUAUGUGUUGAAGUUCCAUCAGAGACAGAGGCAGUCCAAGGAACACACAUGAAGCUGCUCUGCAUCUCCUGCAUGAAGAGGGAAGAGGUCACAGCCAGCACGGUGGUGGAAUGGUUCUACAGGCCGGAGGGUGGAAAGGAUGAACCUAUCUACGAGUACAGGAAAACCAACCAUGAGUUUCCAAGCCGCUUCAGUGGCCGGUUGCAGUGGAAUGGGAGUAAAGACAUGCAGGACGUCUCCAUCACUGUGUUGAACGUGACCUUGAACGAUUCGGGUAUCUACACCUGUAACAUCACCCGGGAGUUUGAGUUUGAGAUUCACCGGCCUCUCUUCACAAGCUCCAGACUGAUCCACCUCACUGUGGUGGAGGAGGCUGGAGAAGACUUCACCUCGGUCAUCUCUGAAAUUAUGAUGUAUAUUCUGCUGGUCUUCCUGACCCUGUGGCUGCUGAUAGAGAUGGUCUAUUGCUACAGGAAAGUCUCCAAGGCAGAGGAAGCUGCCCAAGAAAAUGCGACAGACUAUCUUGCGAUCCCAUCAGAAAACAAGGAAAACUGUGCUGUGCCUGUGGAGGAAUAGCAGAGAGGAGUCAGCGGAAUGAACGGCACCAAGGGGCUCUGAAGACAGAAGGACCGCAUCAUGCCAGCCAGGUUUGAGAGGGAGCUCUGCGCCGUCAGGAGGAGAUAUGGGGAAGUGUAAAUUCUCUUCCAUUUGCCUUGGACUCUGUACAGCCUUGACUUUGGCCUCAUGACUCCAUUCUGAGCUGCCAGCCCAUUUGCUAAAGGACUCUUCUUUUGAAGCAUGCUGAGCAAAGGGCACAGGGGUGUGGGCAGCACGGCUCCUUCCCAAGUUUCUGUUCCAUCAUCACGUUAAUGGCUUUGUAAAUGUCAAGUGUCAUUUCUUAGCUGCUGUCACCACCACCUUUAUUUGCUGACUAUGCUAGUUCUCCAUUGCAGAGAUAAAGGGUAUGUAUGUCAUGAUACUCUGACCUAUGAGACUGGGAAUGAGGUCAUCUUAGGGUGAUGUUCCACCAUGUCUUACAGCCCAAGCAGUCUUAUUGGUGUUAAAACAGGAAGAAUUUAAUUUAGUA